AUGACUCAAGGACCGGAAUAUUCCUUAUUAAGUCAGGAGGACGGUUCUUUACAUCAUAGAAACCCUAUAGGCCGUCAAGAGGCGUAUACGACCUGGUUGACCGCUUCCUUGGCUGUGGCUUCCUUGAUCUGCUCAGUCGCGAUCUCGGUCUAUAUGCAUUCACAAAGCGCCAUUUCACACUACGGAACACCCGCGGGUCGCUUAGAAUUCGUUAGCCAGUAUAUUGGGCUUGACCGCGCCAUACGCGAUCCCGAAUCACCGCCACUGCAUCCUAUUCUUAACUUCCCACUGCUCAUCUCCCCGAUUAAUGCUUCCGAUCCUGACAAGGCAAUGAAUCUCCCCCGCAAAUGGAAAUCAAGCUUCGGAAUGGUAUAUCUCCAAGAACGCCACUUCACCGUUUCGGGAUCGGUAUCGAUGAUCCUGCAAUUCAGGACUGGUGACUUCAGGUUCGAGGAGUGUGCCCUCAUCGCCAGCAUUCCAGAAUCCGCCUCCCCAAGUGCGUCUGGCCGCGCAACCGCACUCGAAAUUUGGAGGCUGGAGGCGGCCGAGAUGCUCAGGGCUGAAGACAUCACUUGGAGUAAUCGACCAAGGCGCAGUGCCUUGUUCGCACACUGGGACGUACAAGGAGGCAGUAAAUUAGAGUCAAAUCGCUUUAAUUGUUCUUGGGGAUCGUUUCACACCUUCGAGUUCGUGGCCGCGGCAUCAGAUAGCUCGGUUCUAUUCUUACAGGACCCCACGGAGCAUGGUAAAGGUAAACUCAACCUCUAUCAACCCGUUCAGAAGCCAUGA